AUGGAUGUCAAGAAAAUAUCUGGAAGUUGUCUUUGCCAAUCUAUCCAAUAUGAAGUUAUUUUCGAUAACGAUGCUCCGUGGCCCCCACCGUCGGCGACAUGCCAGUGUACCAUGUGUCGAAAAUGGACUGCUAGUCUCUUGACACAAUUCAUCGUCAUUGCACCGACGCAAAUAGUUCCUCCUCUGUCAUCGUUUCAAACAUAUUCUGAAUAUUCAUCCUCUCCACGCCGUUACCGUGGCUUUUGCAGCCAUUGUGGGAGUUCGUUGAUAUGGCGAUCCGACGACAAAACGGAUACAUUGGAUUUGUAUCUCGGAACGAUUGAUGAAAAAUGGCUUGUUGGUGAGCGAGUAGAAGGCUCAGAAACGACUACAUUACAUGGCAUCCAUGUUACGAGAAGAGGUGGUAUUGGUAAGGAGCUUUGUACACCAUCUCAAUUUCAGUUUUAUUACGAGAAUGUUAUUCCUGGCGUGACGGAUGUGGUUCAGGGAGGACACAAAUAUCUUACUGAAGACUUGCCCGGCGCAGAAGAGCUUGAUUAG